AUGGAGAGGUUCGCGGCUGUUUGGUCUGCGGCGCCACGAUGUGGCUGCGAGACAUCGCUGGGGCGGGUGCGCUGCAGGCCCGUUGGCUUGUUUACCUGGGGUUGUCGGAGGAACGCGCAUGUGUGGAUCCGGCAAAGUGGCGCCCGUCGCCCACCAGCCACAACGAUGCAGCUCUCACCCACGCCUCACGCCACGAGGUUGGAAGUGUUGGGAUUUUUGUCCGCAAUAUCACAUGUCACUGCCAGCGAUUUGCACCACACGAUCCGCCGGCGCACGACCAGGGCGACGUUGACCGUUAUCGACCUACUGCGCGUCGCAAUCGACAAAGCUCCUCGCGCGAGCCUCCGGGCCAGCCGUCUUGGUGCAGGCUUUAUGUCUCGAUAA